UUGCAGCUGUCAAAGUCGAAUAUAUUAUAUACGAGACACAACAAAUUUGGUUCGAUAGAAAAAUUUCCAGUGAAUUUGCGGUUCAGAUUUUAAAUGGAGAGGAAAUCUUCCAGGCGUAGUGAAGUCGAGAAAAAAAUUAAAAAUGGUAUACUGAAUGAAGGAGACUGUAUUGGUGUAACAGAAAUAAUUUCUAGAGAUCCUUUUGUAAAAGACAAUGGUGACCCAAUUAAAGUUAGAAAUAAAGAUUUGUUGAAUAUAAAAAAUGAUAUAGUAAAGACCCGAUUGCGAGACGCCAAGGAGAGGAAAAUUUUGAGGGAAAAGUAUACAAUACGAAAUAAAAAUUACUUAAGCGAGGCAUCUUCAAAUGAUUACGAUCGCUUGAAAAAAGCUUGCCAUGAAGCUGGAGAAGACAUACAGGAAAUAAAAACACAUAUUACGAAUAUAAAUCACGAUAUCGUCGCUAAGGAAAAAUCGGCGAAACCGAACCGUAAACCGGUAAUAACAACAAUCACUGCCAAAAAUGACAACAGCAAAGUCUAUAAAGCGGUUACAUUCACAGAUAACAGAGAGGUGACACCGAUUCAAAUAAACAUACCAAGUCAAACGCCGCUUAAACAAAAAGAAAAAGAAUUGAAACCAAGCAUUUUAAAACCACCGGAAAUUGAGACGACUGUCAAAGAAAAAGUUAAAAGCAACACAAAAAUCCGACGCAACAGAAAAGAGGUUUCGCCUGAUAGAAAAAGUUCUUGUUGUGUGACAACGGAAGUCGCAAAAUGGGCGCCACAGUGCAUUACCACAGAUACAAAACCAUAUUACGAAGCGUGGGUUGACACAACUCUGACGGCCAUUACAAAAACAUCCCUAAAAGAUAAUGUUUUGCAGCGAUAUUUGGACAGACCCCGAACUCCAGAACUCGUCUAUAACAAUAUGGAUGAGAGAUAUACAGGAAGAAUAAAGGUUCGACAACGAUUAAUAAAAAAAAGUUAAAUUAUAAAUUGUUUGAUUUUCUCUAU